AGGUAAUAAAGUUAAUUUUAAUUUGUCAUAAAUUAUAAAUAUUUUACAGAAAAGAUGCAAUCCUUAUAAAAGAGAUUGUAAAAUAAAAAAUAAAGAGUAAAACAAGAAAAAAAUAAAAAACAAUUUAAUUAAAUCUAUUAUUCAACAUGGUUAACCUAGAUUUACCAGAAAUACCAUUAUCUUUAAAAAGUAUACAACAUUAUCUAAAAAUAGCAUCAACGCAUGAUCAACGAGAUCCUGUUAUUAGUUAUUGGUGUCGAUUAUAUGCUCUUCAAACAGGACUAAAGUUAUCAACCAAAUCACCAAAGGAAACAAACUUUUUAAUGAAAUUAAUGGAUUGGUUAGAAACAACUAAAAAAGAAUUAUAUGAUAAUGAAGCUAUUACAAAUGAUAUAGCUGCUCAGGCACAUUUAGAAAAUUGGGCAUUGAAACUUUUUCUCUAUGCAGAUAAAAAUGAUAGAGCAGCUAAUUUUGGAAAAAAUUUAGUACAUAGUUUUUUUACAGCUGGAUUACUUUAUGAUGUAUUAACUGUUUUUGGAGAAUUGAGUGAAGAAGCUAUACAAAAUAGAAAAUAUGCUAAAUGGAAAGCAGCAUAUAUUCAUAAUUGUUUAAAAAAUAAUGAAACACCUCUACCAGGACCCAUACAAGAGAAUAAUGAAAAAACAAAUUUUAAUAAAAAUAUGGAAGAAGAUUCUGCAACAGAAACAAAAGAAGAAGAUACUUUAAAUACAGAAGAUUUAAUUGUUAUUGGUAAUACUAAUCCAUCUGAUAGAAUAUAUAGUAAGACUAGUGAAGAAAAUAUAGAAGAAUGGUCUUCUGAAAAUAAAGAUUGUAAUAUAGUUACAAAAACAGAAGGUGGAAUCGAAUUAUCAGUGGAACAAAUAAACAAGGCACAAAAAUUUAUUAAAUGGUCUGGAAGUGCUUUAAAUUAUGAUGAUGUGCCUACAGCUGUGUUAAAUCUUCGAAAAGCUUUACAUCUUUUAACUACUGGUCAAGAACUCACAUAAUCAAAAUUAAGAUUGAAAAUAUUGUUAUUUCACUUAAUAAUAACAAUUAAUUAAUUUUUAUUGCUUGUGAAUAUAAAUAAUAUGAUUUAAUUAAUAAGUAAAAAUGAUAAAAAUGAUAAAUUAUUUAUUUUAACUGUUUACAUUAUUACAGUUAUACUGAAUUAAAGAUAUUUUUGAAAUAUAUAUUUAAUUUGUAGGUAUAUAAAAUUGGCGUUAAUAUUUAAACCUAUUAUUACAAUGAUUAAUGUGAAAGUUCACAAAUAUAUAUCAAAAAUUUUAAUAGUGCAAAAUAAAUGAUAUGUCAUGUAUUAAUGAAUCUUAAAUAAGUUAAUUAAUAAUUUUGGUUCUGUUUUCAAAUAAAAAAAAUAGUUAAAAAUAUAAAUUUCAAAAAAAGUGAAAAUUAUAAUUAAUUUUUCUUUUUCUAUUUGAACGUGUAAGCUUAGUUUUGUAUGCACGUGCGCGCGCAAUUAUUAAAUGAUUUUUAAAAUGUUCUUUUAUGUAGUUAGAUACCUUAAUAUUUUGCAACAAAUAUAUCAUUAUAUAUGUUAACUUUACACUUAUUUUUUCGCUAUUUUUAUUUUUGCUUUAUUUUAUAGAUAUAUUAUUUAAUUUAUUCCAUUGAUUAUAAAUUUAACAUUUGAAAAAUAAAUAUACAAUUAAUUAACGUUUUACAGUAAUAACGUUUUUUCUCCUAAUACAGUGGAAUAUGCUAUAAUGAACAUAGGAAAAUACAAUUUAUAUUUAUAUUUGUACUUAUGUUUUUUAUCUUGUAUUUAUCUUAUAUUAAACUUUUUUUAUUUAAAUCAUUAUAUUGAAUAGCAACUUUGGAAUAUAGUUUAAAAUAAAUAUGUAUUUACAGUUCAAAAUAUGCUAUAACAAACGAGAUUCUAGAAUCAAUUAGUCCAUUAUAAUAUAUUCCAUUAUAUUAAUAAAAUGUUUUGAACUUUAAACUAAAAACAAACUAGUCUUCUUUAUAAUUUUCAUUUCAACUAUAAUAAUAUAUUUAUACAUUUGUACGAAUUUUAAAUUUGUACAUUUUCAUUCGAAUUUUAAAGACGCGUGUUUUCUUCUUUAAAAAUAAAAAAAUAAUUAAAUAAAUAAAAAUAUAAAUAUGAAGAAAGCACGCGUGUGCGCUAUAAUGCAAUGUUUACACAUAAAAACAUUUAAUCUCAAUAUGAUAUCAAGAAGAACACAUUAAUUCAAAUGGCAGUUAAUACCUUGUGUUUGAGCUAAUACUUUAUGUUUCAUUGAUUAAAUUAUAUUGUAAUAAUAAUAAAUAUUUAUAUUUUUUGAAAUUUUCAAGAUUUCUAUUUCCUUUAGAUUUAAAUUUAAAUACU